UCGUGCCGUUCAGAACAGCCUGGCGGUUCGGAUUAUGCGUCUGCUGCGUUCUUUUGUCGCCACCUACGGUCCCUCCCCAUCCUACAUAUUAUGAGCAAUGAUGGAGCUCUCCCGCCAGGAGUAUCCCGCGUUGCUGGCGAAUCUACACCCAAACCAGGCCACCGCCGUGCUGAGCGAUCGGGUCCGAAUCAUCAAUAAGGUCAACUCGGAUAUUGCGGAUUGGCUCCAGGAGCGUCGUCGCGUGGAGGAGGCAUACGUACAGGGGUUGCGGAGACUUGCCAAUCGGCCGCAGUUGGAGAAUGGCGCAGCGCUGGGUAUCUUCCAGCUGCCGUGGCAGCGGAUCCUGAAUGCGACCGAGAUGUUGGCCUCGUCGCACGAGACCCUGGCGCAGAAGAUUGAGGAAGAUGUCGAGCGGCCGCUGAGAGAGUAUGGUACCAAGAACCGCGAUCUCGGUGCGAUGAACGGCAUCCAGGCCGAUCUGGCGUCGUUGGCCAAGUCCCUCGACCUGUCGCAGAAGAAACUCGACAAGGCCAAGGACCGUGGCCUUCGAGGCGCCGAGAAGCUGGCGAGUGCCGUCGUCGCCGUGGAGGAAGGGAACCAACAGUGGCAGUCACGCGCGCCGUUUGUCUUCGAACAGCUACAGGCGGUCGACGAGAGCCGGGUGAACCAUCUGCGCGAUGUUUUGACCCAGCUCGAGACUCAUGAGGUCGACCAUACUGAACGCUGCCGCCAGGCCGCUGAAAGCUGUCUCAACGUGCUGCUCAACGUCGAGACGGCUGACGAGAUCAAGACCUUCGCCACGAGGAUUAACGGCGGACGCCCGGUAGUACCAAGGAGCCAGGAGGCCUCCGGCUCUUCGACUGCCGCCGCCGCCGCCGCCGCCGCCCCCGAACUACCACAGCAACAACAGCUACCACUGCCCUCGCCGCCGGCCCGCGCGGAAUCGCCGCUGCCGCCGCCGCCGCCAGUCACCGCGGCAUUUCAUGACGAUGCCGCCAGUCAGCGUUCAGUGACAUCGGGGCCUUCUCGGACUCCUACUGCUCCCGAACUUCGACCAAGGGAGACUCCUCGAACUAAGGAGCCCGCGCCGCCGCCACCGCAGCCGCGACAUUCAGGUUUGAGUGGCCUCAAGCGGCUGGGCACAGUCAUGAGCCGGAGGAAGAGCAUUGCACAGUCUCCCGGCGGUGCAUUUGGUGGCGCAGAGAAGAAGAGCCGUGGUCCAUUCCCUUCAUUCAAGCGAGGCGAUUCCUCCGGGCAGAUCCCGAUCCCUGAAUCUCCACCCAGGACUGCAGGUGCGGAUCGGCCUCAAACUGCUCUGACGACCGCCGGAUCGAUCAGACGACCGAGCACGACUCUGGAAGAGGACCAUCCUAGAGCAAUGUCUCCCAUUCCAGCAAUACAGCCAGCCUCACCCACCACAAAUGGUACAGGAGCUCACGAUGCUCAGCAUGAACUUCCUGCAAACGAGCCACGUGUCGACUCUGAGGGGUAUACCGAGCGGCCCCAGAUCAUCGAUGAAAUUACGCGAGCAGAAAGAGAGGCUGCUGGUGUGGAAGACGCAGGGCUGAACCUGACCAUCCGAGACCAACCAAUUCUAGAGGAUGAGGAUCAGGCCAAAGAGGCCAUGGAUUCGAUGGCCAAUACCCUCCGACUGAGAGCUCAGCAGACCAGCGUGAGACGAAAUGCCGGCACGCUGCGUGGUCGUCGUGACGUGCGCAAUACCGUCUUCAUUCCUAACCCCCCAUCCGCGGGUGCCGGACAGGAGCCGACGGGCCUCAACUCGGCCUCUGAUGUGUCAGCGCCGACGUCGCCCAGCCUGCAAACCAGACAUGGUGCGUCCCCUAGCCUCGCGACGGAAGACCACACCCUAUCCGACACGACGUCGAUCCGCUCGUCCCACACACUACACAGCAUCUCCGGGCCGGUCACGCACCCGGAGCUGCACGAACCCGGCCUGAAUGCAUCCAUCAUCGAAACCGUCAGUGCCUGGUUCUCUGAGGGCGCCGUCACAAAGUCAUUUGUCGUCGGCGAGUUGGCCUUGGCAUACAACACUCCUUCUUCUCCUUCUUCUUCCUCCUCUGAGGCCGGGUUGUCGCCAGACACGCGGAUCCGCCUUGACAACUUCCAGGUGCUGGAAAAGGUUGCUGCCAACCCUCACUUUGUCAGCGAGGUUUCAUCCCAGGAGGAGAAGCGGGGCGAGUACAAUCUCGUGAUGGCGAACAUCGCCCGUCCCCUACCGACAGUGGCGUUCAAAUACCAGAUCCACAUCGACCCAACCCACGCCUCGGCCUACUGCCCCGUCAUCUUCCACCCGGCCUGGAACCUGGAGGCCAACCAGGCCAGCGCGAUCAUCCAGUACACUCUCAACCCGGAGUUUGCACCUGUGGAGUCGAUCACUCUGCGCAAUGUCAUCCUAACCGUCAACCUGGACACCUCGACCGAAGACGAGGUCACGAAACAGCCGCGCGAGGCCGCCCAUGCUAUCGGCGCCGUCAUGUACCCGAACGCUGGCGCCACGUUCCGCCGCAAACAGUCCGCAGUCGUGUGGCGGAUCCCAGAGAUAGAAGUCAAAUCCACCAGCGGCGGCAGCGGCACCACCAGCACACCCGGCAAGUUCCUCGUCCGGUUCGCCACGGCGGGCGGCAAGCCGUACCAGGGUAAAGUGGAUGUCAAGUUCGAGCUGCACACCGUCGAUGCCAGCAGUAGGCUGGGGAUCAGUGCGGCGGCAUCGUCCGAGGCAGGCACAGCCCCCAGCUCUACUGACCCGUUUGCCGACGAGGGGACCCCUGUCUCCCCCGUCUCGCCUGCUAUGAUCUGGAAGCCGGUGCCUACGGUGCGCAAGCUGGUUGGGGGGAAGUAUGUUUCUUCUUAACAGGGGACAAUAAUUCUUUUUUUUUAUGGGUUUUAUUCGUAUCUUGUGGCAGGAUGAUGGAGAUGCUGAUAUGCUCGGUCAGCUCAUCUUUGUCUGAUGGUCUUGUCAUGGUU